GUAUACAAGAAAUCUUGUGGACAAUGGAAAUGGAAAGUUCAACUUGAUGAUCUUGUGCUGGGGUGAAGGACAUGGCAGCAGCAUCCAUGAUCACACUGACUCGCACUGCUUUAUGAAGAUCCUUCAGGGAAAUCUAAAGGAGACUCUGUUUGAAUGGCCUGAGAAAAAAGGGAAUGGUGAAAUGACUAAGAAAUCAGAACGAGUUUUGAGGGAAAAUCAAUGUGCCUACAUUAAUGACUCCAUUGGCCUGCACCGCGUGGAGAACAUAAGCCACACAGAGCCUGCUGUCAGCCUGCAUUUGUACAGCCCACCCUUCGAUACCUGCAACACCUUUGAUCAGAGGACUGGACACAGGCACAAAGUCAAGAUGACUUUCUACAGCCAGUUUGGAGAAAGGACUCUCUGUGCAACAGCAGUGCCGCAGGAGAACAACUGA